UUGACACUUGCUCAUCAUUUGACAACCUAACCUACAAUACAAACAUAUCGCGAAAAAGAACCCGGAAAGUACGGUUUAUGGGUUUCUUCGCACACAUUUACUCGAAAUGUCAACUUCUUCGUACACUUCUUGCAUCAAAAUUGGGGGCGUCCCCAUAGUGCCGCCCCUGGUAACCCCACAAGUUCGUGAAGAAUGCCUCAGAUACAAGCUCAAAGCGAUUGAAAUAGAGAAUAAGAAGGAAAGGGACAAGCUUUUUAAAAAGUGUAUGGAAGAUUUGGAACGUCUCGAGAAUCAAACCAAAGAAUUAACCGUUAAAACAACUCUGGAGCAGCAGUUGGCGCUUGCUGACGAGAGUUCUCCUAGUCAUGUGCCUUAUGAUACGUACAAAAAAAUGCAAAAUUUGACCAGUGAAACAAUUGAUGUGAGUGAAUAUAGUGUUGAGGGUUGUAAAGUUUUAAAUAAAAGCACUGAAAGUGAGCAGGAAUGCAGCUUAUCACCGCCUAAACUGAUUAGGAGUAACUCUUACACUUUGGAGAGUCCAAGUCCUAUUCUUUUAGCUCACUUAGAAAAAGAGGCACGAAAAUGUAUAGAAUUAGAUGAUAGUGAUUCUGCAAGUUUAUCCCCGGUUACUAUUAUUGAUAGUGAAUUGGAACCCCCUUUACAAGUUGUGGAUACUGAUAUAAAUGUUCAGCAAAUCACAGUUACAACCCCUGUGAAGUUUCAAGAUAACCAAGACAGCAUAGAUCCCCAACUUCUGGACAUUCUUAGUAAACUACCAGAGGAUCAUGCUAGGAACAUUCUUGAACUGUUGUCUAAACAACAUGAAAAUAAUAAGAUAAUCAAAGAGCAGAUAAUCAGUGAAGAAGACAAAUCAAUUAGUGUCUCAAUAUCGAGCCAGUCUCUGUAUUAUUCAACGUUAUCACCUGACACGACUAGAGGCAGCCCCAAUGAACUCAAUAUGGUUAAUUUACGCAACAUUAAAAAUAAUAAUCUGGAUCAGGAUAAAGCAGCAAAUGUGAUACAAGCUGGAGUGAAAGGCUAUCUAGUCAGAAGACUUAUACAGACUGAGAGAGUGCAAAGUUUAAUUGAGACUAUCAAAGAUGCAAUUUUGUGUGCUGUUCAGUUGCAUAACUCUGAUGUUAUUGAGGAGGCAGAUGUGGAGCUACACAGGAGAUUAAUCCAACAAGUAUCGGCAGCUUGUUAUGCAUUCCAUGACAUUUUUUUUACUCUUUCAGUGAAGGAACAAAUGGGUAUUAUAUCGUUAGACCGACAGAGAAAAAAAGAGAAAGCAAACAGACCCUUAUCAGCAAGCAGCUCAAAUCAAUCACUCUCGAGAAGACAAAGUGCUCGAAUGAUCAGAUGAUCGGACCAAGUGGCUUACUAAAAGACGGUUUAUAUUUCUAUUUUUUAUUAUUAUAUAACAAUAGCGAAUAUGACUAAAUAAAGUAGUAUUUUAUGAUUAUUUA